AUGCUGGAGAACAGCACAGGCUGCGGAUGUCCGUCUGGCAUGAUGAAGGAUGCUGAUGAGUGUGUCUGCCCUGUGGGCUUCACUGUGGAGGGGCCUGCAGGGUGCAAAGAUGCUGAUGAGUGUGAAGGAGAGGGGCCAGGACCAUGUGGUCUCCAUGCCAGCUGCACUAACACCCCCGGCUCUUACUCGUGUAGCUGUCUCCGUGGUUACCUGAUGGGUGCUGGAGGUUGCCAGGAUGUAGACGAGUGUGCGCUGGCUGCAGUGACGGGCCUGCAGGCCUGUCGAGGGGAUGCUGAAUGCAGAAACACUCCUGGCUCUUUCACCUGCUCGUGCCCUUCAGGAUAUGUAAUGGCUCUUAAUGGACAAAGCUGUGUAGAUGUGGAUGAGUGCAGCUUCGAGGAGCAGUGUCGCCGUGAGCUGGGAAACGUGUGUGUGAACACUCCCGGCAGCUUUGUGUGCCAGUGCCAGCCAGGCUUCAGAGCGGAGGCCCCCGCCUGUGUUGGUCCUGUGUGUCCAGACUACACCGUGUGUCAAGACGUGGAUGAAUGUACAGAGAGUCCUGCGGUGUGUGAUGGUCAGGGUGUGUGUGAGAACACGCUUGGGAGCUACAAGUGUGUUUGUCGACCCGGUUACCGGGGAAACGGCACACACUGCGAAGACGAGAAUGAGUGUGCAUCAGGCCGUCACGGCUGUGACAACAACGCUCGUUGUGGCAACAUCAUUGGCUCGUAUUUCUGCCAAUGCUACCAGGGCUUCAAUGGAAAUGGACACGCUUGUUUUGACGUUGAUGAGUGCGCUUUAAACAACGGCCACUGCCAACACAACUGCUCCAACGAGCCCGGAGGCUACAGCUGCCAGUGUGCCGCCGGCUACCAGCUGCACCAGGAUGGACACAACUGCACAGAUGUGGAUGAGUGUUUGGCACUGAACGGUACCUGCGAACACAUUUGCGUCAACACUCGGGGAUCUUUCCAGUGCUCCUGCAGGCCCGGCUACCAGCUGCACAUUGAUGGCCACACCUGCGUGGACAUUGAUGAAUGUAAACUUGAGAAUGGGGACUGCUCUCACACCUGCACCAACUCCCCAGGAGGACACACUUGCCACUGCCCUCCUCCUCUGCUGCUGGACACAGACAACCUCACCUGCAGCAAUGUUACAUCUUGCAAGCUGAGAAAUGGUGGUUGUGACCACAUAUGCACCGUGCAGGCAGAGGGCCACGUCCAGUGUAGCUGUGGAGCAGGCUGGCAGCUGGGCCAGGACCAGAGGAGCUGCAGGGAUGUGAAUGAGUGCGGGGACUUCACAAACGGAGGCUGUGAGCAGCUCUGUGUGAACCAUCCUGGUGGGUUUAACUGCACCUGCAGGGAGGGGUAUGAAGUGCGAACUGAUGACCUCACCAAGUGCCAGCCUGUGUGUCACCCUCCCUGUCAGAACUACGGAGUGUGUGUGGCCCCAAACAGCUGUGACUGUCCACCAGGCUACCCUGGAGCAGGCUGCUCAGCCAUGUGCUCCCCACCCUGUGCCCAUGGAGGAACCUGUAUGCGCUGGAACAAGUGUCUGUGUCCUCCUGGCUGGACCGGACCAGGCUGCCACACAGCGGUGUGUGAGCUGCCCUGUGCUAAUGGUGGUCGCUGUGUGGGGCCCGAGACCUGCCAGUGUCCCUCUGACUACACAGGCCCCCAGUGCCUCUUGCCCCUGUGCACUCCUGCCUGCCAGAACGGGGGAAGAUGUGUAGAUGUUAACAAAUGCACAUGUGUUGGUGGAUGGCAAGGAGCUCGUUGCCAGAUAGAGCCUGUUCAGUGUCAGAAGCCUUGUAAGAACGGUGGAGCAUGUGUAGGCCUCAACAGGUGCCAAUGUGCUAAAGGAUUUACUGGAAGUCUCUGCGAAACAGCGGUCAUCACCCCCUGUGUGCCCCCCUGCCAACACGGGGCCACAUGCAGUCCUCACAACACGUGUACAUGUCCAGAGGGCACUGCAGGCCUGCGCUGUGAGAGACUGACGUGCCCUGUGGUCACCACGGUGGUCAGUAUGGCUCGAGCCGUCCGAAAGGCGUUCAGGGAGAGUUACGUUGAUCGCUGUGGACCCCUGGGAGUUCGGCUUUGCACCAAAUACAGGAUGAACCAGGCACGUGUUUACCUGCAGGCCUACAGGGUGGGCUACAAAGUUCAGUGUCCAGAGAGGAAGGGCAGAUGAGCCAUGUUGGAUAAAUGCUCAAUGAAGAAAUAUCACCCAGAAAACAACAUUUGGAGCAACAUACAAGAACUGAAGCGAGACGAGCCGUAAACUGUUAAAUUAGAUGUAACUCAAUUAGUAAGAAGGUGUGGUGACCUGUCUAAAGGAAAGCUUCUAUGUUGAAAUAAAAAGGGGAACAUGACUGUAUCAUGAAAGCUGUUUAUUUAACCUGUGACUUAUCUUUAAAUCUGUACACAAUCAUGUUUACAUUUAAUGAGAAAUAUUCCUCAGUAUAUAAGAUGUGCAAUGGUUUUACUAUUCGUCAUGUUUGUUUAUGGCAGCUGAAAGUUAUUACCCUUUUUUUGUCUUUUUUUUUUAAGGGUGUCAAUGUUGUAAACAUUUUUUACAUUUCACAUUUUUCUUCUGAACUUUUGUAAAUGAUUGUUUCAUUGUAAUGAGUCUGAGGUUUAUUUCAGGCAAUAUUCCCAAUAAAGAUAAACUGUCACGCUAACACA